AUGAUGGACGAAAAUGUCCGCAAAAGUUGGCAACUCGCACCAGAUCAAGUAAAAAUUAGCAAUCCAGUAUGGCAAACGGGGAUGGACAAGUUGACUGCGAAUAUUGCUGGUCGACUUGGCUAUAAAGGUGUCUCUAUGCAAUGCAAACUAUACAAGAUGCUAGUGUAUGGAGAAGGAGGCCACUUUGUAAAGCACCAAGACACCGAGAAAGAAGACGGAAUGGUGGCCACAUUGGUGAAAUAUCGCCAUGAUUUUGGCAAAAAGGAGGGGACAGCACGCUACUUACCGCACUAUGCGGUGCACUAUGCCGACGCAGAACACGCUUUAGAAAUGGUGACAACGGGUUACCGUCUGGUGCUCGUGUACUCAAUUUGUCUGCCACUUACGAUGCGUCAUUUGAUAAGAAACGGUGACGAGACGUUGGGCGAGGAACUGGGCGCUGUGAUCAGCAGUAUGGGCGACAAGGACACGUCAUUUGCUUUGUUAUUGGGCCAUGAAUACACUGGGAAAAGCAUUGAAGAGAUGGGGUUAGGAGCAUUGAAAAGUGUGGAUCGAGCGAGAUUCCAGACGCUGCAGGAUGCCAACAGUGUUGCUGCGCCUGGUAAGAUGCUGCAGUUCUUUAUCGCACAGUUAAAACACGAUAUCAGCUACUGGGACAUGGCGGUUCCUGGCUUCCAUCUCAACCUAUUGAAUCCUGGCAAAGAAACUCUGAACGAACUGUGGGAGCCUCAUGGCAACAGUACUUUUGAAGGGUAUCUUGGCAACGAGGGAGCGACGAAGAGUACGACGUAUUCUCGAUAUGCGAUCGUAGCCUGGCCUGCAGUGCACGGUGUGGAGAUGGCAUGUCAGUACAUCAACGUCAAUGCUGCUGUGGAGACUUUGCUGUGCCAGAGACCAGUCAUCGCUCCAACACUUCGCAACUAUAUGGAUGUCGUGACAUUGUGUGAGUUGCUAGUGGAGGCCGACGAUCCAUCCUUGGUCCGCUCAUUCUUCGAAGAAACUCUCAGCAAAUUGGGCAACUCGAUCAAGGACCAGCUUGUAGCCCCACUAACUACACUUGUCCGUACUUUCGACUGGAGCGACAUUGGUCAAGCACUUCUGAAGACUUUGAGCGACAAGACGAACCACAGAGACGAGAACCUGAACUUUGGAUUGCGCCAUGAAGAAGAGACCGACGACACGUGCAUGAAAGUGGCGCUGUACAUUGUCAAUGGUCUCGAAUCCGGAGUGGCGCGCCAAGCUCUGCUAGAAAAAGCCGUUGAGGAAGCCUUGAGACUUCGUCCGGACAAACUCUGUUCGUCAAAGGCGGUGGAUCUGCUUUGCAAGUGGACAAUCCAAAGUGGAGACAAGACCAGUUUUGACACUGUGGCGAGUACAUUCAAGCAAAUUGAUCCGAAAUUGCUACAGCCAGUGGUCGAAGCUUUCUCUCAGCAUGCAACUGGGAUGGAUGCAUCAGAUGAGCGGUUUGCUGUGAUCGUGUCCAUUGCUAAGAGACGAUGUGAGUGGCUGAAUGACCAACUCCAAGCACUGGGGAAGCCCUUUUCGUGGGAAUUGCCCGACGCAUAUUUCCCAGACAACGCGAAGGUGCAGGCAUUUCUACGAGGCCCCGAUGCUUCGAUGAAAACUGUUGGAGUACGGCAAUUUAACGGAGUCCGUCAUGCUCGCAACUACGCCAACAAAUGGAUGCGUGGACAGCAAAUCAACGCGUCGUAUACGUUGGAGCCGGAUGGAAGAGGCCAGAGCGCGUAUGUUACGAUCAAGAAAACCCGAGCUUGGUUUUCGGAACAUCAGAAGAAGUUACUGGAGUACAAGACAGAAUUUAACCUCCUUUCCACACGAUUUGAAGACGCAUCAGCUGGAAUUUCAAGUAAGCGAGCGCGCUAUGAGUAG